AUGGCGUCACCGAACAAUCGAGACAAUCUCGAAUCUACUCUAGAACUAGUAGAAUCCAUGGCCGCCCCGCCAAUAGACGCUAGCCAGCAAGCUCGGCCGGAAAGCCCGACCCCUCCGAGCACCGCUGACUCCAUCCAAGUGCAAAAGGACGGGCUUCCGGACUCCGAGAUCUCCACACUCGUCACUAGCGCCUUUGAGCGGCGCCUUGUGUGGAAGAUCGAUUUGUUUAUCCUGCCCAUCCUGAUUACGGUAAACUUCCUCGCGCACAUGGGCCGCUCCGAUAUUGCAAAUGCGAAGAUCGCCGGCAUGGGCGACGACCUGGCGAUUACGCCGAGCCAGUACUCCAUGCUGGGGAGCAUCUUCCUCGUGGGCUACACGGUCUUUCAGCCUGCGGGUACGUUGUUCCUGCAUCUAUUAAGUGCGCCGGUGCAGUUUGGUGGCGCUAUGCUAGCGUGGGGUUUGGUUACUAUGUGCCACCUUCAGGGAAACACCUACACUGCUGUCCUCGCACUCAGGUUCUUUGUUGGUACCGCAGAGGCUUUCGUCCAGGGUACUAUCCUAUACUUGUCCUUCUGGUAUACAUACCGCGAGCUUGCACUCCGUGGUUCCAUUUUCCAGGCCACCAGUUCGCUGGCUGGUGCAUUCAAUGGUCUUAUUUCCUAUGCUAUCACCACCACACUUAACGGCGUCAAUGGAUGGCCUGCGUGGAAGUGGAUCUUCUUCAUUGAAGGGUUGGUCCCAUUGGUCUUCUCCCUUGUAGUCUUCUUCCUCCUUCCCUCAAUCCCCGAUAAAGCAAGAUUCGGUUUCUCCCAGGAAGAACGAGACCUCCUCGUGAAGCGCUCCAGAGCGGCACACAACACCGCCGACACCAAGCUCCGCCCAAAUCUCGUCUGGAAGGCGCUCCUCGACCCCAAGGUCAUCCUCCUGGGGCUCCUCGCCGGCGGGACCCACUUCGCGAUGUCAUCGCUCUCGAACUUCAUGCCCGACAUCAUUCUCGGCCUGGGCUUCUCGAAUGUGAACGCGCAGCUCAUGUCCGUCAUCGUCUAUGUGUGCGGCGCCGUAACGACGCUGUUUGCCGGUUGGAUCUCGGACAAGAUCAACCGCCGUGGAAUCCCGCUGAUGAUUUCGCUGUGUGUGAUGGUGGUGGGAUAUGUAAUGCAGUUGGUGACGAGCUCGCUGCAAGCCCGGUUUGCGGCGACGUGUUUGUUGGCGAUGGGGGGCUUCCCCGCGGCGGUGCUGACGCUGAUGUGGAUGGUGGUUAAUGUGGUGGGGUACACCAAGCGCGGAACGACACUGGCACUCAUGAAUAUUGUAGGUCAGGUGUGUGGGAUUGGCGGGAAUCAGGCGUAUAGUGAUCCACCGUUGUACCACAAGGGGCAUGGCGCCAGCUUGGGAGCGGUGGGAGGCUCGCUGUUGAUUUGCGCGAUAAUAUAUGGGUAUCUCACCUGGUUGAACAAGGAGAAGAAGAGAAAACAGUGGGGGGAGAAAGCGGCCAAAUUGAGAGACGUGAGUUAUGAUAUUAUUGGGGAUGACCAUCCAGACUUUUUUUAUACACUUUGA